AUUAGAUAUUUCAUUUUACUCAUUUUUUUUUAAUAAAAAUAAUAAUAUAAGAAGUUUUGAUCAAAAUUUAACAAAAUUAAAUUCAUUAAGUUUACGAGAUAUUAACGAAAAAUGUAAUGAUUUUACACAAGAAUUUUUAGAAAGUGUAGCAAAUAUUUGUUCAAAUUUGAAAAGAUUAGAAAUUUCAUCAUUACCGAAUAAUAUUUCUAUGAAAAUUAAAGAAAAUCUUUGCAAAAUAAUUCAAAAUCAAAAUAAAUUUAAUGCACUUAAAAUAUCAAGAUGUGAAUCUUUUUUAAAUAAUAUAUUUUUAUCAUUAGAAUUUCAAAAACAUUCUUUAGUUUAUAUUGAAUUUGUAGGUAUUAAUUUUGGUAAUAUUCCUUUUAAGAAUUUUAUAACUUUAUAUAAUUUAAAAUAUUUAAGUUUUAUUUAUUGUGGGGAAAUAUCAAGCGAACAAUGUAAUCUUUUAAAUUUUGCAACGUUUAAACUUAAAGAAUUAACACUUUUAACAUGGUCCAAUAAUAUUGCACUUUCAAUGAUAAAAUAUUUAGGUAAAUCAUUACAAAAAUUAUAUUUUGAUGGAAUUAGUAUAACAAUAACUAUUAUUGAAUAUAUAUCAACAUAUUGUUUAAACCUUAAUAGUUUAAAACUUAGAAUUGGUUCAGGUAUUAAUUAUGUAUUUCCUUAUUUUAAAAAUUUAAGAAUUAAUAAUUUAAUUCUUAUUAUACAUAAUCAAUAUUUUAGAAAUAAUUUGUUAGCAAAUUUAUUUGAAAAUUUAGCUCCUAUUAAUGUUAAAGAAAUUUCUAUUUAUUUGUUUUAUUUUAGUGAUACUACACUUAAGGAAAUUUUAGAAAAUUGUCAUCAUCGUUUAGAAAUGAUUAAUUUAAAUAUUAAUAUUGAUUUAGAAAAACUUCAAAUUAUUUUAAAUUAUAUUGAAAAAAAUAAUAAUAGUUUGAAAUUUUUGGGUACGAAAAAGUUAGAAAGAGUGUUAAAAGAUGAAGAAACGAAAUUAUUGGAUCAAAUUAAAGCAAGAGGUGUAACAUUAUUAGAUUUUUAUAGUGUUUAUCAUGAAUGUAGUCCACUUAUUUAUAAUUCAUUUUAAAUAAAUAAAUAUUUCAUUUUUAUAAAUUGGA